GUCAAGUAGAUGUUUUACCAAUCCGGUCCUUCGCGCUUGAGAGGUGCUAAUCAAUCUGUUGAUUGUUGAGUUUUUUUUUUAUUUUGCCAGAAGAGGAAGAAGGUUGUCUGUGGCGUUGUACCGCUGAAUCUGGUUUGUGCUGUACAGGGAAGUGGUGUGAAAUAUCGUGCUAUGUAUAGCGAACAGCUGAUGGAACUUUGACUAGGAGAAUUUUUAAUGAUGGUAAACCUAUAAAUAGUUAAGAUUAUCGCCUUUCUUUCAAAUUGGAUCCAACGACGUGGUUCGGGAAGAUUACUGCGAUUGAAGGUGCAAUUUAAUUCUGCAUUCAGAUAAGAUCAAGGCUCCGGGAGUGGCCGAGAAAUGGAGCAAGGGAGUCAAUUACCGAUGGUGGUCUAAUUGGAUAUGUAAACAGUUGGCAGCGAACGGUUGGUGAUCUGUCGGGAGCGGGUGCUGCUUGGCGUUGGACGUUCGAAGUGAAGAUUACUUAGCAAUCAAUCUUGAGCUCAGGUUGAUUUAAUGUGUAAAAAAAAUGGAAUCCAGUGGUAAACAGUGAUAUUUACCGAAAUCUGUUUGGCGUGUAAGUUCGUGAUCGAAUUCGCUAACUUAUUCGAGAGCGGCAGCGAUGAUGGCAUCGAAGCGGGAUAUAUUAGGACCCAUUUAGUGUGCCCGACGGACGUGCUAAAAAAGGAAGGUGCGAAAACAAGUUUUGAUCACAAUUUCGGACAGGUGAAGUUGUAUCCGUGGUCGGUUCGAGUUCUGUGGUGAAUAUUUUAUCGAUCCCAGACAGGAGACGCAAUUAAGGUUCAUUAACGAUUAUCUACCAGUCAACAGUCAUCGUUAUCGAAUUUUCAAAUGGCCCUAGUUGCUAACAGUCGAUUCUACCAGCUAAUUGCUCGGGACUCGCUGUUUCUCGUGAAGAUGCUAUGAACUAAUCACCAGGUGGGCGAAAAUGACGAACCGCCAGCGGUGAAUCGUUUCCAGACUUGUGUGUUUUCAGAAAAUAAUAAAAUUUGAACAUUAGCUUCACCAGGUGUUAAUGAAGUGCGAAAUUGAGAUGCUUUUUUGUCUACUGAUAAACUUCGUAUUCGAGAUAACGUGAUGUACCCGCGAAGGGGAAGACACAACGAACUGCUGCCAAGUGACAGUGUUCGGGCUUGAUUGGCUACUAUGAACCGGCGGGAAAGUGAAAGCAAAACUUUGUAAAACGUCCGGAGCGAUAAAGUGAAGUGUCGGGGGUGAAGUCCCCAUUCUAGGUGGAGGCAAAACGUGCGGAAUAAUGAGCGUAUGCAGCUCGAAACGAGUCCAACGAAAGCUAUUCUGGAGUGCAUUGGCUCUGCUCGGUUAUCUGUCGACCGGUGGAACGGGUGGCAGCAUGGGACGACCGCUGAAAAAGCGUUCCUUUUUCGUUCGAAGCGUUCCGAUCGUUAGUAAUGCCACGUCAAUCGUCGAAACAGCCGUCGAAAUGGUUUCCCCUGUCGGGAGCCCCAAACUGGUGCCGCCGGACGGCAAUCAUACCUUGGUGCUGGAGAUUAACAACACAUUGUCGGCGCACGAGCCGAAGCGGGGCCAGUGUCGCUGUUGGAACUCCACCGACGAUUUCUUGGAUGAAGUACAAUGCCGCUGCGAGGGUCGUGCAAUUGUGAGGAUCCCGCAGAAGCUGUCCGCGAUGCAGAAGCUGAUCCUGGAGAAGGUGGGCAUCAAGCGGUUGCGGGAGAACGCCCUUUCGGUGUAUUCAGAGGAGUUACGAGAUUUAUUCUUGAUGUACCUGAGGGAAUUCCACCACAUCGAGCCGCGGGCUUUCUCCAAACUGCGGAAGCUGCGGACGCUGUACAUAGCACACGCGCCCAACCUCCAGUAUCUGGAAGCGAACGUGUUCGAAGGCAUUUCCACCAAACUAAAGACAUUACGCAUCAUCCACUGUGGACUGCUGGCAGUACCGGAUAUGCGAAUGCUUUCUGAUCGCAUCAUCCUCCACAUGGUAGAUCUAGACGGUAAUCACAUCCAGGAGAUACACGAGAGAACCAUACGAAUAAAGACUGAUGAAUUAAUUUUAGAUAAUAACGCACUUUCGCACAUACAUGGCGACGCAUUUACCGGCUCGGAGUUAGCCAAACUUAGUCUGAAGCUGAACUUCAAGCUGAAACACAUCCAUAAACGGGCUUUUGCGGGGAUUCAGAACAUAAGAGAACUUGAUCUGUCGAGCACCGCAAUCGAGGCCAUGCCAUCGGACGGGCUGAAUGAUUUGGAAAUAUUGCGGAUACAGAACACACACUCGCUCAAAACGAUUCCAUCGGUCUAUAACUUUAAGAACUUACAAACCGCUUACCUGACACAUUCGUUCCACUGCUGUGCAUUCAAGUUCCCUGCCCGGCAUGACCCGGACGGACACGAGCAGGACCUGCGGCGGUUUCAUCAGGACCAGAAGAAGUGCAUUGCCAAGGGUUACGCAACGCCGAACGUUCGGCUGGCCAACCUGGAAACGGUGGAUAGUGCAAUGCGUUCCGGUGAACAGCUGGUCGAUCCGGAGCUUUUCCGGCGCCGAAAACGGCACGCUUCAUUGAGCGACCAAAGUUUCGGUCGGUUGCGCAUUUUGUCCCGAAAUUUGUUCCUCGCCGAGGAAGAUGUUUCCGAGGAAAGGGUUGGACUGGUAAGCCCCAUUAAAAGCGAACUUUCCAUGGAAGGCGAUAGUUUUUUCCAACCCAUCACCGGCUCACCCAUGGAGGACGGCAUACUGCGGGAGGAUGUUUCCAGUAUGUAUGUUGAGAACCCGCUGCCGGGGGUGUUUCAUCAAGCGAUUGAGCCGUUGUCGAUGGAGGCACUCUGCGGGAAUCUGACGCCCACAACUUUCGACGUGAAAUGUUACCCCAUGCCGGAUGCGCUGAACCCGUGUGAGGAUGUAAUGGGCUCCCAUUGGCUGCGGUGGUCCGUGUGGGUUGUGGUGUUGUUGGCAGUGUUCGGGAAUGUAGCUGUGUUGGUAGUACUGUUUUCGAACAGAACUGACCUGACUGUGCCAAAGUUCCUGAUUUGUAAUUUGGCCAUCGCUGAUCUGUGUAUGGGGUUAUAUCUGCUGCUUAUAGCGUCCAUCGAUGCGCAUUCCAUGGGAGAGUAUUUCAACUUUGCUUUCGAUUGGCAGUAUGGAUCCGGCUGCAAGGUGGCAGGUUUCCUGACAGUAUUCGCCAGCCAUCUAUCGAUCUUCACCCUGACCAUCGUUACACUGGAACGCUGGUUCGCCAUCACCCACGCAAUUUAUUUGGAUCAUCGCAUCAAAUUAUCGGCGGCCACGUACAUUAUGAUCGCGGGAUGGAUUUACUCCUUCAUACUGGCAUCACUACCGCUGUUCGGUAUCAGCAACUACUCCUCGACCAGCAUUUGUCUACCGAUGGAGGCGCGCGAUAGUUGGGACAUUGUUUACCUGCUAACGGUGCUCGGGAUCAACGGGUUGGCAUUCGUCAUCAUCGUGAUUUGCUAUGGUCAGAUCUACUUUUCGCUGGGGAAGGAAACACGAAACGCGGCACGGACGGCACACGCCGGUGAAAUGACAGUAGCGAAGAAGAUGGCACUGUUGGUGUUUACAAACUUUGCAUGCUGGGCACCGAUAGCUUUCUUCGGUCUGACCGCCAUUGCCGGUUAUCCGCUGAUUGAUGUGACCAAGUCGAAAAUUUUGCUGGUAUUUUUCUAUCCGCUGAAUUCGUGUGCCAAUCCGUACCUGUAUGCCAUAAUGACGGUUCAGUACCGGAAGGAUCUUUUCAUGUUGCUUUCAAAUUACGGGCUUUGCACUCAACGAGCACAACAGUACAAAAUGACUUACUCGAUGCCAACCAAUACGAUUCAUACAGCUCAGCCGAGGGGCUCAAUCACGACAAAUGCGAACUCCAACACAUGUGGAACUAUCAUCAGUAAUCCUGCAAGUGUUAGCCAUCCCUUGAACAACAACUGUGGUGUGGCGGAUUUAUACGGAGCUAGCGUGAAGGCGACGCCCAACGGAUCGAUUGAUAACGGCAACGGCCAUGCCAACAUUGUAGAGGUGGUAGAGGAGGAAAAUGAAACUUUUCUGUGAAUUGCUAUAAGAAAACUGACAAACGACGGGGUGGAGCUUUUCGCCUCGGAUUUGAAAGCUUCUGUGGAUGAAUCUCGUGUGUGCCGAGCCGGUACCGGAACUGAUGUUGAAAGCAUAAAACUUGACUUUGAAUGUUCAUUCCCAAUCUGAAUGUGAUAACUACUAACUGGACCCUCGUGAAAAGUGUGCUACAUAUUGUUAUCGAUGGUUUUACAAAACAAAGUGAUGACAGAUGGUGUCAUAGAACACGCUUGAUAACAAAAUACUCGUUCGCAUCUACUUGCACGUGCUACGUAUGUGUACAAAAUCCGCCUGGGCGCGAACAUAGGAAAUAUGGAAUAAGCUCCGUUUUAAUGUGUUUCUGAGAACAGAUGUAUUUUAAUAUAUAUACAUACACAAGAAACGUC